AUGCCCGAAAGUCCGCAAGAACCUAAAGAUGAUGACACUGUCCAAAGUGACCUUCCACCAUAUACUAUCUUCGUUGGAUGGAAGAAACUGGUGUUGAUGGUGCUCCUUUCCUUGAUGGGCAUCUGGAGCUCCAUUUCCAAUUCGAUCUACUUUCCUGCCAUUCCAACAUUGACCAAGGCUUUCCACACGUCCAGUGAAGCCAUCAACCUCUCGUUAGUGGCUUAUUUAAUCUGUCAAGGUGUUGUGCCUACCAUCUCAUCCAACUUAGCUGAUGUCUAUGGACGAAGGCCUGUGGUGCUACUCUCCUUCUGUGUAUACAUUGCUGCCUGCAUUGGUAUUUCCCAGACUAGAACAUACUGGCUUCUCGUGUUUCUUCGAUGUGUCCAGGCAGGAGGUAUAGCACCAGUCAUUGCAAUCAACUCAGGCAUUUCUGGCGAUGUUUGUACUGCUGCCGAUCGUGGUGGCUUUGUGGGUGUGGUUUCAGGUAUGUUGUUAGUGGGCCAGGCCUUUGGGUCACUUGUAGGAUCGGCUUUUAUCAGCCGGUGGGGAUGGAGAGCCAUUUUCGUGUUUCUCUCCAUCGGUUCAGGCGUGACAUUCUUAUUUGUCUUCCUACUACUUCCAGAGACGAGCCGCUCGGUGGUUGGAAAUGGCUCUGUUGUACCUAGUCCCAUUUAUCGAGCCCCGGCCAUGUCCUUACCUAUAUUGAAGAAAGAUUUGAAAAACUCCAUGUCCACAUUAGUUCCAAAACAGAAGUUGGACAUCCUCGCUCCUUAUAAGAUUCUUUCCGAACUCACAGUCAUCGCAGUCUUGGUCCCUAGUGGUCUACAGUUCACAGCAUGGACCAUGUCGCUAACUUCGCUCUCGACAGUUUUGGAGGCUGCACCAUUCAACUACUCAAUUCCCCAUGUAGGACUUAUGUACCUACCACAAGGCCUAGUUUGUCUAGCGGGGUCGCUAGUAUCGGGUAAAAUCCUCAACAUGUACUACAGGUACCGUUGGAAGAAGCAUGUUGCUAAAUAUGGAGAAGGUGAAGAGAUAAGUCGGCAUCCUUUCAACAAGAUUAGGGUCCGUCUCGAUUGUUCGGUGAUUCCAAUGUGUCUUACUCAAAUAGGCUUGUUGCUUUUUGGCUGGGUAUUGGACAAAACCGAAAAUGUUGCUGCUGCUAUCGUCGGAACGUGUUUUGUGUCGUUCGGAACCUCUUGCUUCAUUGCUAUCGUCACCACCAUGCUCGUGGACUUACAUCCAGCUAAUGGUUCUGCAUCAACUAGCUGUAUAAACCUUGUUCGAUGCUUGUUGGGUGCUGCGGGCGUGGCUGCUCUAGAUAGAAUGACUUCGUCACUCGGACUUGGAGGCUGCUAUACAGUUAUGGCGGGGCUUUGUGUCAUCAGUUAUUUCUUGUUGCUCUAUGUGGUCUACAGCUAUCUGAAGCACUUGAAGGAAAACGCAGAACAAUAA